CCCAUAUUUCAUUCCUAUUACCGACCUUACAGCACAUCAAUACAUCUUCAAAUCCACCUCUCAUCUCUCUCGCCCUCUCUCUCACAUCAUCACCAUUUCACCUAUUUCUCUCUCUCUCUCUCUCUCUCUCUCUCUCUCGCAUCACAAUUUCAUCAAAACCUUUUAAGUCUUCAUAGUUUUCCUUCUUUCUUUCUUUGUGAAAAAACAAAAAGUCCAAACCAUGGCUCAGAAAACCGAGAAAGAAGAAACCGACUUCAAGGUUCCCGAAACGAUUACGCUUUGCGUUAACAACUGCGGCGUCACCGGAAACCCUGCUACGAAUAACAUGUGUCAGAAGUGCUUCACCGCCUUCACCACCUCUACCGCCACCACGUCCGGCGCCGGAGGUGCCGGAAUAGCUUCUCCGGCGACCAGAUCCGGCAUCUCCGCGCGUCCACUGAAGAGAUCUUUUCCCGAGGAGCCCUCGCCGCCGGCGGAUCCUCCGUCUUCGGACCAGACGACCCCGUCGGAGGCGAAGCGCGUGGUGAACCGCUGCUCCGGCUGCAGGAGGAAGGUCGGACUCACCGGAUUUCGGUGCCGAUGCGGCGAGCUCUUCUGCGCCGAGCACCGGUACUCCGACCGCCACGACUGCAGCUACGACUACAAAGCCGCCGGAAGAGAAGCCAUCGCGAGGGAGAAUCCGGUGAUUAGAGCCGCGAAGAUCGUCAAAGUCUGAAAAAAAACAAAAAAGAAGGAAAAAACCCGAACGGAACGGAAUCUCAAAACGACGUCGUUGACCUUUCGCGCGAUCGGGUUCAGGUCACGGGUUUCGCUUUUUUUCUUUUCAGAUUUAUAUAUAGAGAGAAGAAAAAAAAAGUAGCAGAUAACAGGUUUGAGAGAGAGAGAGAGAGAGAGAGUGUGAGGUUUUAGAUUGAGAGAGAGAGCGAGAGAGAGAGAUUGUUGCUGAAAAGAAGAUGAAGAAGAAUUUAUCUGAAUUUCUCUUGUGUUCAUCGAUCAAACUCUGAUCGUUUAAUUUUUUUUUAAAUUUUCUCUUCUAAUUUUAUGUUUAAUUUCUUCCUGAUUUGAUCUUGAAAUGAUAAAUUAUUGUUGUUUACCAUAA